AUGUCUUCAGGGUAUUCUGCCAACCAGUACGAAAAUGCCUUCAAGUCCCAGAGGAUGCAAAACUGGUGCCAGACAAAGCAUUUUAAAGAGAGACCUUCAGCCAAACAGGGUCAUACAAGCUUCAUAGUGGAUGACAGAGGCCAUCUGCUCCCAAGCAAAAAGAGAGACAGUUCUUGGUCGGAUUUUAAAGGUACUUGGGAGCUCCCAUCCCGGAUACCUGCUCCCAGUGUCUGCCCCACAGCGCGCUCCCAGCAGGGCUUGAACCGUCUCAAAGCAUGGGGCUUUAUAGAAUCACUCCCCAACAUGACGCCGACACCAGGGGGUGGCAGACACACAGAGGGCAACACAGACAAGGAAAGAAGAGACUGCACAUUUGAACAAUACCAGGCCAACCCAAUCACCACACCAGGAAUGCCCCAGAAACAGUGCAGGAGAGAGAGAGGGGACUCCAACCCAAAAACUGUCCGCUACAGGACGACACUCUGCUGCUGA